AUGAAUCAGGAUCAAGAAGUACCAGCCACAACUACAGACUUGGCUAGAGUGGUAAGAUGAGAAAUAUGAAAAUGUUAUUACUUUAUUAUUUCGCAGAAUUUGAAAACAAACGUCACCAAACGAAUAGCUAUAAAUACGCGUGUCUGUUUUACAAAGACAGACAUACUGUCACGAUUAAAGUAUGACGAAUUGUAUUAUAUUAACACUUCUGAGACACGCGGGUCGAGUCCACACAGAUAUACUUAA